GACCAAUCCGCUGAGAUCAGCGAAUCAGCGCAGGACCACGCCAACCUGCCGCAAAGCACGCUGGGACUUCCUUUCUUUCCGAGGCCAUAUUGGAGCAACAGACUUGUUGGCCAGAACGGAGUAAAUCGCAGCUAUGGUGGCCGCCAAGAAGACGAAAAAGUCCCUGGAGUCCAUCAACUCCCGUCUCCAGCUGGUGAUGAAGAGCGGCAAAUAUGUUCUGGGAUACAAGCAGUCUCAGAAGAUGAUCCGCCAGGGAAAAGCCAAGCUGGUCAUCCUGGCCAACAACACACCUGCUCUCAGGAAGUCUGAAGUGGAGUACUAUGCCAUGUUGGCCAAGACUGGCGUCCAUCACUACAGUGGGAACAACAUCGAGCUGGGCACGGCCUGUGGAAAGUACUUCAGGGUGUGCACACUGGCUAUCAUCGACCCCGGUGAUUCUGACAUCAUCAGGAGUAUGCCAGACCAACCGCAAGGGGAGAAGUAGACAUUUCACACUCAAUGUUAAAAAAUAAACUGUUUUCUAUGGUC